AUGUCGAGCGACGACGACGCGGGACGGCGUGCGCGGGGGGAGGCGAACGCGGGCGAACACCCUGGACGGGAGCGACGGACGGCGACGGACGACGAGGACGACGGCGACGCGGGGGCGGGGGGGGGGGCGAGGGACGAGGGCGCGCGGCGCGAGGGCGGGCGCGAGGGCGGGAGGGCGCGGGAGGCGCGGGAGGGGGCGGGCGACGCGCGGACGACGCGCGAACGCGAACGCGAGCGCGAGCGCGAGCGCGAACGCGAGCGCGAGCGCGAGCGCGAGAGCGAGAGCGAGAGCGAGAGCGAUUCGGCGUCGACGUCGACGUCGGACGGAUCGACGACGACGGAUGGGGAGACGCGCGCGGGCGCGGCGCCGGCGACGGAGGAGUACGACGUCGAGGGCCGACUUCCGUCUCGAACGCCUCCCGCGGGCGAUUCGCGAGGAUUCUGGACGCGCUGCUAUCACGAGGGCGCGAAGUUUUGCGGACUCGGGGUUUUGUUGGAGGAAAUUCCGUCGGAGAGUUCUUCGAGCGAGAGUUCGAGCGAUUCCGACAGCGAAUCGGACAGCGAAGGAUCUCGACGACGUCACAGGUUGCGCGCGUUGGAUAGCUUUAAGAGCAACAUGUCGGAGGGUUCAGAACUUGAUGAAGCAGAUCUCAACGACGAGGUUAAGCAGAGAGUUCUAGACGAAGGGAAGGCGAACAUUUACCCGUCUCUGGCGAUCAUGGAGGUGCUGUUCAACAAAAUGCAGGAACGACUCUCGAAGAAAGCGGUUCGCGACGAAAUGCUCGAGGCGAAACGCGCGGACGAAGCUGUUACGGCCGCACACCGGAAUCGCAGGCAACGGUCGAGAGCGUGGCUGUUGCAUCAGUUUGUCUCGUCCAAGUUCUUUACGUUUCUCACCGCGUCGAUGAUUUUCUAUUCCAGCAUCGUGUGCGGCAUCGUGUCGCAGGAUCCCGACAAAUGGUUUGACACGAAGUUCGAAGAUGUUAGCUUCUUAGUGCUGAACAUCGGGUUCGCCGUCGAAGCGGUCAUGCGCAUCAUGUCUAGCGGCGUCAUCAUCAAAGAGGAUGGCGUCAAACACUUGGUCGAGUUGAGGCCUCAUUACUACUUUCACGACCCCGUUAACUGCGUCGAUUUCGUCGUGACAGUGCUGUCGUUUAUGGAGUACGUCGUCAGCGGUAAUUCUCUGGACGCCGUGCGAACUUUCCGUCUCAUUCGAUUGCUUCGUCUGAUUCAGAUGGUCGAAGACAUGCGUGUAAUUUUGGAUGGCGUCAUCCAAGGCGUCCUGAGCAUAGUCUGGAUUCUCGUUCUCCUUACGGUCGUCGUGUACAUCUACGCUGUGAUCGGUGCGGUGUUGUUCGGUGAAAACGAUCCGCGCAACUUCAGAAGUCUGAGCAUCGCGUUCAAGACGGUUAUAUCGAUGACGACGAUGUCGGACUGGCUAGACUUUCUGUACAUCAAUUAUCAUGGCUGCGACCAGUACGGCUACGACGGAGCAGACGCGUCUUAUUGUACGAACCCAAAGUCGCAGAAGGUAUUGGCGACUGCGUACAUUAUGUCUCUCAUCGUCAUUCUCGGUAAUAUCAUGAUGAGCCUGUUCAUCGGGGUCAUCACAAACAAGAUGGAGGACGCCGCGCUCGAACUGAAGGAUUCCAAAGACGCGAAAAAGAGGAAGACGAAAGCCGCAGUCGCAGCUGAGGUGUGGGACGAUCCGGCGUUAACUCCGUUAAAAAUCGGUGCCGAGCAGUACGCGCAGUUGCUGUAUCACCUGAAUUUACUCUCCGGCGUGCGAGCGGAAGGGGUUGUCAGGCCGCUGCCAGAUCUGCCAAAGUGGAAACGCGCGCAACUCUGGUUGAAAAGAAUGGUCACGAACACAGUGUUCGAGUGGGGUGUCGUGAUGAUGAUCAUCGCCGUGGCUAUUACUUCGGGUCUUGGUCUUGAAUACAACCAGCAAGGCAAAGAAUGGUACAAGACAACUGAGGCGUUUUUCAUAGCCGCCUUUACGGCUGAACUCAUCAUAAAGUUUUUCGCCUACCUCGACAGAAGUCUUUCGUUUUACACGGGCAAGCAAAAGUGGUGGAACUUGUUUGACACAUUCGUGGUGCUGGUUGGGCUCAUACCCAGUUCGUAUCAGAAGGCGGCGGUCGUUGUGCGACUUCUUCGGCUCCUUAGAAUCCUGCGCCUCGUACGCGUGAUCAAGCAGCUGCAAGUCGUCGUUCUCUCGCUCAUCGCGGGAAUGAACUCGAUUGUUUACGUCGCGGUGUUUAUGAGCGUCAUCUUCUUUGUCUACGCCGUGGCAGGCGUACAAGUGUUUCGAUUGAACGAUCCAUUCCAUUUUUGCGAUUUGUCCAACGCCGUGGUGACGCUUUUCACGGUAUCCUUCUUGGAAGACUGGCGACCGGUGUUUGACAUCAAUUUUUACGGCUGCGACAAAAAUUUGUUCGGCGAUACCGAUGGCGGCGUAUAUUACGCGUCGACGAUUGAUGUUGACAUAUCGAACGGCUCGACCGUGGUGUGCUCGCAUCCACAGCAGCACAAGAUGUUUGCGUUCUUCUUCUUCAGCUCGUACAUUCUGUUGUCAGCCAUGGUCCUCGUGUCCGCGUUCGUCGGUAUCAUCGUGACGAGUAUGCAAAGCGCGUCCACGAUGGUCCGCCAGCGCCUUGCCUCCGAAGAGCGCCUGAAAAUGAUCGAAGAAUUCUUCCAACUCGACGAACACGCAUCAAAACAAACUGUUUACGUAUACAAUCUUCUUGACAGCGGAUUUGAAGGCGAGCUCACGCCGGAGAAGAUUAUGGAGAAGAUGGCGCUCUUUGACAUUCCCACGAACCCGGAACUCCUCAAACGCGCGCAUCAAACCGUGAACGGGCUCAUGGACGCCCCGUUCGACGCGGCCGACUUCUUGCUUCUCACGGUUCUCGCCGAACGCGCGAGAAAAGUACAGGAAAAGCUCGAUGAAGACGGCCAAGUCGGCUCGCUCGAAGACGUCGAUUUUAUUCGCGCGCGCCUGAACCAAUCGGGUCACCACGAUAUCGGUGCGCCCUAA